ACCCGAGACAGAAUCAGAGCCCAGUAUCACAUACAGCGGCAUAUACCCCGUUAUAAAUAGCGAGUGUAAAUAUACAAUACAUUAAAAUAAAUGGAUAUAUCAACCGGGACUCUAUCAUAGAGACUUGAUGGAUGCACUACACCUGAAUAGGACAGGGAAUUUAAUUUUGCGCCAAUACGCGAGACACACUGUGAAGUUUGUUUUCUAUUAAUGGAGAAGGAGCUACUUUGAGGGCUAAGGAUACAGGAAACGCCGAGGUCGACACACAGGCCUACUGGUCUGGUUGGAUUUGAUGUUGGGAUAUUCUAAGGGCUUCCUACUGUAGGUUACAUGAAAUUGUCUCGUUUGCACACGUUUGGAAUGCAUCUUUAGGUUCCCCAUGACUGUGAGCCGUGAGCUACGGCUCAGCGGCGCCCCACCUCUGGAGUGGUCUGUUGCUGUAGUUGGGACCCUGUGAUUUCUUUCCCUUUCUUCCCCGUCCCAUCCUGCCCACUCCCUUCCCCCUCCCCCCUUCUCCCUUGCGUCGCUGUGCUGGACGUCAUGAGCAUAGUAAUCACGCUGGGAGUCACUACACCUGAAACGUCUUACUCAGAUAUGGCUGCUGGAUCAGACCCUGAGUCGGUUGAAGCAAGCCCUGCUGUGAAUGAAAAAAACUACAACCACAGCUGUGGGAGCGCACAGAGUCAUGGAUAUCGGGGACUACCUUAUGCUAUGCAACAGUCUUCCGUUGUGUGUUGUCAGGAUCACAACUAUGGCGCGCCCCCACCCCCUACCCCACCUGCUUCCCCGCCCUCCCACACCAUUAUUCCCCGCAUGGACCUCAAUGGCGUGGUACGUAGCUCUCGCUAUCACGAAACUGAUGACACAGCUGACAGUGACAGCUCCUCAGAGGAGGAAGGGGCCAUGCCCAGCUGGUGUCGCUGCAACCUGACGCCAGACAGCCUACUCGUUAAGUGUGAACACUGCAGGGGCCACGAUAGAAGGAAAGCAGCAGAAAGCCAACAUAGGAAAACAGAAAAUGUCUCAGCUGGUGAGAGCAGUGCUACAGAGAGUGGUGAUGAAGAGGUGUCACCCUCUACUAUCUCCUACACUGCCACCCAGCAUACGCCCACCAGCAUCAAGUUAACUGUCAACCGGGUUAAAAGGAGCAAAUCUAAAAAGAGGAAGAAGAGCACAGAGAAGACCCGUGGAACCCCGAAGAGCAAGAAAGUCAAGGCAUUCAGAGAGGGAUCUAGGAAGUCUAUGAGGAUGAAGAACUCAACAACAGAGGCCAGUGUGCUUGAUGAGAACACGGCAGAAGGAUGGGAGAGCAGGAUACGCCAGUGGACAGACCAGUAUGAGGAGGCACUGGCCAACCAGUAUAGCGCUGAUGUCCAGACAUUACUGCAACUUCACCGUGCUGCCAGCACCACUGUAUCAAAGACGGAGGGCUGCAGCACAAUGUCUCCAUCCACCACACAGAUUCAUGCCUCCGUUGACACUAUGGACACCAUCAACCGUACUGAGCUGGCCUGUAACCAUACAGUACUUGGCUCACAAAUGCAGCUCCAGUUGGGCCGUGUAACACGGGUGCAGAAACACAGGAAAAUUCUCAGAGCAGCCAAGAACCUUGAGCCUGACACCCUCAUCAUUGAAUAUCGGGGAAAGGUUAUGCUCAAACAACAGUUUGAAGUGAAUGGACACUUCUUUAAGAAACCUUACCCCUUUGUGCUGUUUUACUCAAAAUUUAAUGAUGUAGAGAUGUGUGUUGAUGCACGGACGUUUGGAAAUGAUGCUCGCUUCAUCAGGAGAUCCUGUACACCCAACGCUGAGGUCCGACAUAUGAUCGCUGAUGGUAUGAUCCAUCUGUGUAUCUAUGCUAUCAGCCAAAUCACAAAGGAUUCUGAGGUCACCAUUGGAUUUGACUACGAGUUCAGUUGUUGCAAUUACAAAGUGGACUGUGCCUGCCACAAGGGCAACCAGAACUGUCCAGUGCAGAAGCACAACUUAAACCCUAAGGAAGGUUUGCUGAUUCCCCCCUCCCAGCUGGCUCCCUCUCCUGUGAUUGGAGCUGAAACCAGACAGAGAAAAGCCAGGAGAAAAGAGUUGGAGACCUGCCUGGCAAUAGACAACAACCAGACCCUCGACCAGCACCAGGAGGCCAAAGAAUUCCAGGGAACAAGUGAUGCAGAGGAGAGGUUGCUAGAUGAUCUGAAAGUAGAGGAGGGAGAGGAUGGAGAAGUGGAUGAAAAUGGGGUCGCCGUCGCCAGUAAAAAAACAUUUAAUAGCCUUGAAAGGAAGAGGAGGAGAGCAGGAGCAGCUGAGGUAAAGGAGGAUAGUUUGGAAAGUGCAGAUGGGGUAGGAAACACCUCUGUACCCCACAACACUGGAGUAGGGGUCAGCACGCGGCGUACCACCUACGUCAUGGAAGCACCGUGCGUUGAAGAGAAGGCAUCAACACCCAACCUGCCUACCCCUGUUGCUCCACCUAAACCUGCACGACCUUCUAAACCUCGGCCCAAAAGUCGUAUCUCUCGCUACCGGUCAAGCUCGUCGCAGCGAGCCCGGCGGCAGCGCCAGGCCCUGGCCCAACAGGUGGCCGCAGCUGCUGCUACUGCUGCGGCUACUGCUACUGCAGCAGCAAUGCCUUUGGCGCCAUCAGCUGAACAGGGAAUGUCACUGGAUGAAGACGGGGCUCAGGGCCAGUAUGGGACUGAACACAGCCAUGGAGAUGGCAAUUUAGGUGGUAAUCUCGUGGAGGGAGAUCACCAGGGUCUGAACUGCAUAAACAGAGGAAAUUUAAGGUUUCCAAAGACUAAGAAGUAUCUUGUGACGGAGUGGUUAAAUGACAAGAUUCCUGGAGGUGAAAAGAUCCACCAGGAGGUGCCUAUAGAGCGUCCGCUGCGAAUAACCACCGACCCCACAGUGCUGGCCACGACCCUCAACAUGCUGCCAGGCCUCUCCCACACGUCGCUCAUCUGCACCACACCCAGACACUACAUCCGCUUUGGCUCCCCCUUCAACCCAGAGAGACACAGGCCGCGGCCUCUCCAAACUGAUGGCACCUAUGGCUGCUUCAAAAAGAGGUGGAUAAAGCAGGUUGAGGAUGAAAACUGUUCAGUGAGUGUGGAGGACAGUACAGAGUCCACCUCUUCUCAGCAGAGCACCAGUAGCAGAUCCACCCCCAAUCUCUUGUCCAAUGAAGGUAACGCACCGUUUAAAAAGCGCCGUUCCAAAUAUGUGGCAGAGGUUCCUGCAACCCUGGACCCCCUUCUUUGUCCACUGUCCCCUAUUACACCUCCACUACCAGAAGACUCCCUCCACCCACUGCUCAACACCACCUGUGGCUUCCUGCUGCCCAAUGGCCUGGCCUACUCACCAAUGCCCUCACUGCCAGCGAGUCGCUGCAACACGCCACUACAGUUUGAAAACAUAUCGUCUCCUGAGGCUUCUCCUGUUCAUCGGCCAGAGUCCAUCUCUCCUGAGCCAUGUCUUCAGACAGAUAUCGAUGCCCCCCGACCCCAGUUUCCAGACCUCUCACUUCCCUCCAGCUUAGAGAGCCCUGUGGGCAUGACCUCAGAUGACUUUUCCAUUCCCGGAGGCCCUUUAGGGCAGGACUCCCAGGCUCACUCUUCUGGGUGCAACAGUACCUUCAAUCUUUUACCCUGUCCUUCCACAGACCUAAACCACCAAAACAGAGAGCAGCCAUUCAGGACAGAGUUCAACCUCAUAUACACCUGCUCACCUCUCAACUCGAACUUGGGGAACUCCGUGCCCACUGACCGGCACCUUUCCCAGUCAGAAGGAGGCUUCUCCCCUGCAGAGUCCUUUCACAGUUCCCUAAGUGUUCAGGGACUUAUGGGAGAGGUGGGCCCCACAUCGAUGUCACCUUACACUGAGCCUCAUUAUGGGGGUGGCUACCCAGACCAUGGCACACCUCCUCACAUCAGUAACCCACCACAAAAGAAGAAGAGGGCCAACCUGCGUACCAUUAGUCUGCUGUCAGGGAAGCCAGAUUACCAGCCUAUAGCUGUAAGAAGUGAAUACAAGACAGUACAAAAUAUGGUGUCUUUGCUGGAAUAUCGCAAGAGGAAACAAGGGAACAGUCGCGACUCGGAUCCCAUUUGCAGCCGCUCCUCACUUGGCAGUACCCCUACCCGGCCUGCCUCACACUACAGCCAGGACUCCAAUCACCUGAAUCCGCAUCAUCUCCAUCAGACCCCAGCGUCUCCACACAGCUCCUUCUCAUCCUCAGGACACGCCCCCUCCGCCCCACAGAUUGAGGAGGUCAGUCCUCCAGACCACCAGGGCCCACCAGUGCCAUUGAGGCGCCAAGACAACCAGUGGAUGGUUCCUACUACUGUUGAACGUCUAAGAGAAGGCCAAGGGGUCCUGGAGCGAGUGCUCAGAAGCAUCAAGAUAGAGCAAACUUACAGGAGGAGCGAUGGCUCCAUAGACAAUUCUGAUGCAGAGCGAUAUGAGAUGCCGGCAGCAUCUGUGGCUUCUCCCAGGAAAAGUCCUCACACAUACAGUCCCUCUGUGUACUCAUACCAGUCAUCAGAAAGCCACCGGCAAACUGACAGCCCUUCAUUCCGCCAGCAAACUCCCACCUCUCCAUUCCGGGGGUCCUACAGCCCAUCAGGCCAGGGCUUCUACCCACGCAUCUCCUCCUUCCACCACCCCGGGGUGUCCCAAGACCACUCCCCACCCUCGUAUUCCAGUCACACCCCCACCUCCUCCACAGACUCCAGGCCGUCAGCAGGGUCUGCACACCAGCACAGCGGCAGCCCUAAUGUAGACAGAGGCCACAGCUAUGGUAGUAGCCAGUUAAAAGUAAAUCUUUUGAACAGCAGUGGCCUGCCAGGUGCUCCCACCCCAGGAUCAGGGGCCCUUGGGCAGGAUAAGACUGACUUGAUUGCCCAGGACUCCAGAGGAAGUCAGCAGCAGGAAUCUCGCAGCCUUAAGUCAAGCAACCCAGGCCAGGUACCGCUGCAGGCCAGCUCCGUUCUACUAUCUGCCUCUGGACCAACACACUACCCACAGCGAGGGACAAGCCUCAAUCAGUUCCAGCACUCCUCCCUCCAGGGACCUGGAGUAAGGACGCAGUCAGGAACCUUUUAGGACCUUGUUGAAUUGUUAUUUUGUGUGUGCGUGCGUGCGUGCGUGUGUGUGUGUGCGUGUGUGUGUGCGCGCGCCCCCAUGUGUGUGCUGGCGGGCGCAAGUGUAUACAAAGCUGCGUUGUCUCCUCAAUCCCUAGUUGGUAUAUUGGGCCUCAGAGUUUGGGGAGGAGAAAUGUACAGACCGAAGAGGAGCAAGGACUUCAUGGAUUUCUUUCUUCCAUCUUUCCCCCACCCCCUCUCGCUUUUUUUUUUUUUUUUUAAAAGAAAGAAAAA